AUGAAUUACGCAGAAACAGCUGCAGCAGCAGCAGCAGCAGCGGAGGCCCCCAGACGUGGGGGGCCCCCUCUGCUCUCCCGCAGCAGCAGCAACUCAGUGCCUCCUUUUGCUGCAGCAGACACCGAUGCAGCAGCAGCAGCAGCAGCAGCAACAGCAGCAGCAGCAGCAGCAGAAUGGGAGCCUCCUGAGCUGCAGCUACGGCGCCCCCGGGUGCGAAGCACGCAGCAGCGGCUGCGGCUAUCAGCAGCAGCAGCAGCAGCACUGCUGCUUGCUGUGUCUGUGUCUUUUGGUUAUCGUUUGCAUGCAGCACGCCAAGCAGCAGCAGCAGCAGCAGCAGCAGCAGCAGGAACGCAUGCAUCUUCUCGUAUAAUUUCUCUAGAUGCUGCGGGGCUGCAGCAGCUAGGAGAAGAGCUUGCUGCUGCUGCUGCUGCACUAAACAAAGAAUUUGCUGCUGCUUCUGCUGCAGCACGAGAGGCGUUCGAUAGAAGCUUCAUGCCUGCUAGGGGGCCCCACCAGGGGCCCCCCCCCAAUACCUUAUCUAUAUAUCAGCAGCACGUAGAUACGCUGCUGCAGCAGCAGCAGCAGAUGCAGCAGAAGCUGCAGCAAAAGGAACAGCAGCAGCUGCUGCAGCAGCAGCAGAAGCAGCAGAAGCGUCCGCUGCUGCAGCAGCAGCAGCAGCAGCAAAUGAAUGAUGAUGAGGAUAGAGAGGAGCUGCAGCAGCACGCGCUGCAGCUGCAGCUAGCAACAGCAAUAACAGCAGCAGCAGCAGAACGUUUUUCUUAUUUAAAUAAAUUAGAAGCUCUCUGCGAUCGAUGGGGGAUAGAAUCAACAGUGCUGCAGUGGGAGCAGCAGCAGCAGCAGCAGCAGCAGCAGCCGCUGCACCACUACCAUCAACAGCAGCAGCAGCAGCAGCAGCAGGAGCAGCAGCAGCAGGAGCAGCAGCAGGAGGAGGAUAUAAUGACGUUGUUAGAGUUUAAAAGGCUGCUGAGAGAAGGAGCUGAGGGGGGAGAGGGGGGGUGGGUCGAUGGGGUUGGGGGGGGCCCCCGGGGGGGGCCCCCGGGGGGGCCCCCCAGGGCCCUAGGAGAGCAGCUGCUGUAUAUACACCCCAAAUACACACCAGCAGCAGCAGCAGCAGCAGCAGCAGCAGCAACAGCAGCAGCAGCAGCAGCAUCGUAG